UAUUAUACUUGUUUUUUGGCUUUUCACAAACAAUUUCGCCAAUGAAAAUAAAUUAACGUUUUUUGUAAUUUCAACUAAAUUAAUGAAUUCUACUUGGCUUAAUAAGUCAUAGUGCAUUCGGUGAGAUACAAAGCGCGUAUAAUGGGGUUGUGGCAGGUUGACGCUUUAGCUGUACAUGUUCAUGUCGACCACUUCGUUCAUGUUAAAUAAUAUCAUCUAAACUAGUCGUAUAGAUUGUCCAUAGUGUUUUUGUUCAGUAAAAUUCUUAAUUCAAUCUCCUCCAAAUUAUCCAGCAUCAUGAACUCUGAUAUAAGCACCAGAAAUCCCCAAGAAGAGUACGAGUUAAUUCAAAGAAUUGGCAGUGGAACGUAUGGAGAUGUUUAUAAGGCUAAAAGACUUUCAACUUCAACUCUAGCAGCUAUUAAAGUUAUAAAAUUGGAAGCUGGCGAUGAUUUUUCUAUAAUCCAACAAGAAAUUUUAAUGAUGCAAGAUUGUCAUCAUCCUAAUAUUAUAGAAUAUUUUGGUAGCUAUUUACGUAGAGAUAAACUAUGGAUAUGUAUGGAGUAUUGUUCUGGAGGAUCGUUACAAGACAUUUAUCAUAUCACUGGACCACUUAUUGAAUUGCAAAUAGCAUACAUGUGCAGAGAAACUCUCAAAGGUCUUGCUUAUUUACACACUAUGGGCAAAAUGCAUAGAGAUAUUAAGGGAGCUAAUAUUUUAUUAACAGAAAAUGGUGAAGUUAAAUUAGCUGAUUUUGGUGUGUCUGCGCAGAUAACUGCUACAAUAAAUAAACGCAAAUCUUUUAUUGGGACUCCAUAUUGGAUGGCUCCAGAGGUAGCAGCUGUAGAAAGAAAAGGUGGCUAUAAUCAACUAUGUGAUAUUUGGGCGGUGGGGAUAACAUCUAUUGAAUUAGCCGAGUUACAACCGCCUAUGUUUGAUUUACAUCCAAUGAGAGUUUUGUUUUUAAUGUCAAAAAGUGGUUUUAAACCUCCGACUUUAAAAGAAAGAGACAAAUGGAGUCCCACUUUCCAUAAUUUUAUAAAAGUAUCGCUGACGAAAAAUCCCAAAAAAAGGCCAACUGCUGAUAAACUUUUGAUGCAUUCCUUUUUUUGUCAAGAUAUGAGCAAAAGACUAGCAAUAGAUCUUCUACAAAAAGCAAAUAAUCCACAGGCGCAAACAUUUGCUGAAAUAGAACCUGAUGAUGAUGUGAUAUCAAAUGUUCCACGACGCAUUGCAUCAAGGGUGACUGUUGACCACAGAGAAAGUGCUGAUAAUGAUUCAAAUGCCUCUCAUAAUAUUAGAAAUGAAUCUGCCACAAUUCUAGACACUAGAAAUUUGGGAGUUAAUUCUAGAAAAAGCGUAUUGCGCAAUAAUGACUGUGAUAAUUUUGGAGAAUUAGACUGUUUAUCGACUGAAAAAGGAGAUUAUAAUACUGUUUUUAAUGAAGAUAAUAAUGAAAGUUACGAAGACUUAUCUACUUUACCAAUGCCUGAUAACACUGAUACACCACCUGUUCCUCCUCGCCGAAGAGAUCGUAAACGACGUACUUCUCCUCCUAAACCAAUUAGCAAUGGUUUACCACCCACGCCCAAAGUCCACAUGGGUGCAUGCUUUUCUAAGGUGUUUAAUGGGUGCCCUUUAAAAAUAUAUUGCACUGCCAGCUGGAUUCAUCCUGAAACUAGGGACCAACAUGUGUUCAUUGGAGCUGAAGAAGGCAUCUAUAACCUUAAUUUAAAUGAACUGCAUGAAACUGCAAUUGACCAGCUGUAUAAUCGACGAACUGUUUGGUUGUAUGUUAUUAAGGACAUUUUAAUGUCAUUGUCGGGUAAGACAACUCAACUGUAUAGACAUGAUCUCUUAGCCCUACACGGGAAGCAAAGUCAUAGAUUUUCACAACACAUGACGAAAAUCCCUGAACGUUUGAUGCCUAGAAGGUUUGCUUUUACUACUAAAGUACCAGAUACAAAAGGUUGUAUAAAAUGUUGUGUUGGCCGUAACCCAUAUAAUGGUUACAAAUAUUUGUGUGGAGCUAUGUCGAGUGGAAUAUUUUUAAUGCAAUGGUAUGACCCUCUUAACAAAUUUAUGUUGCUUAAACAUUUUGAGUGUACUUUGCCAUCGCCACUUAACAUUUUUGAAAUGGUUAUAACUCCUGAGUUAGAGUAUCCCUUAGUUUGCGUGAGCGUAAAAAAGCCAAUUGGUCCUAUCAGAAAAUCGAUGAACUUAAAAUUAGAAUUGAUUAAUGUCAAUACUGGUGCAUGUUGGUUUUGUUCUGAUGACCAAUACGAUUCGGAUAAUACUGGAACGGUUAUACAAAGAAGAGACAUAAUGGAUGUAGUUUGUGUAUGCCAACUGGACACUGACUCAUUUUUGAUAUGCUACAAAAAUGUUGUUAAAAUUAUCAACUUACAAGGCAAUCUGAAGCAAGAUAGAAAUCAAAUAAACCAAUUGUACUUUGACUUCAAUGUUGAAUCUGUUGUGCGUUUGUCUGAUAGCAUAUUGGCAUUUCAUAAGUAUGGAGUUCAAGGUCGUAGCCUUAAAAAUGGUGAAGUUACUCAGGAAAUCGUAGAUAAAAGCAGAACAUACAAACUUUUAGGAUCCGAUAAAAUUUUAAUUUUGGAAUCUCACAUGGUUUCCAAAAAAACAGAUGACAGUGCGGACUUGUACAUUCUUGCUGGACACGAAGCCAGUUAUUAAACUUAUAUACAACAAACUAUAAUAUUUUCACAUGUAGUAUAUUGUAGUUUUUUAAUUAAUACAACAAAAAUUCAUCUUGAUGAUAAUAAUAUUAAUGAUAACAUUAGUGUUAUGGUUUUAUUUCGCGUCAAAUGAAGUGGAACAAUAUCAAACAUAUAAAUAAUUAUUAACUAAUUUGAACUCUUUUCUUGAAGGGUUUGACAAAUAUUCCAUUAGGCAUAAGAAUAGCUUAAUAUUUACUUUUUCCUUAAAUUGACAUUCGAAUACUAAUUUUAAUACUAUUACAAAUUAUUGUGUAUAUGUUUUAUGCUGUUAUAUUGUACACAUAAAUAAUUCGUUUAAUCUAUGAAAACAGUUAAUUAAGGUUGUGGUCAAAAUAAAGUUUAUACAUAUUAGUAUUUAUAUAUUCUCAUAUUAUAUUAUUAUUUUAAACAAAAUGUGUAUAUGCAACCGAGCCAUAAUAAAAUGAUAGUUGUGCUUAU